UGUGUGUGCGCGCGUGCGUGUGUGACAGAAAAAGAAAGAGAGAGAGGCAGCCUCCCAAGUUGACAGUUAUCUCAAUUCUUUGUUUGACAAGUUUCAUUUGACUCUCUUGAAUUCCCAGUGCUAAUCAGGUCCAAUUUUUCGCUGGCCUGCAAUAAUAGGAAAUCAACUUUUGAGGAAUAACAGAAGAAGCCGUUGACCGACGUGUUUUUUUUUUGAGGGGUGGGGCGGGGUUCCAACCGUACCAUCGGUGUAGCGUGGCGGCGGUAAGCUCUUCCGGCGGUGUCCGUCAAUUAAAAAUGCUCGCUUGGCAGAUGUUGGCCGCGAGAGGGCGCCACGUCCUCGCUACAACAGUGAAGCCACCUGCCAAGUGAACUCAGCGCGCACACAGAAACGACGAUUUGAAACCGCUUUGGUUUAGGAAUAAUCGAGGUAGUGGGACGUCGCGCUCUAACGUCGACCUCCAUGGGUUCUAGCGAACGUGAACGUAUCGUAAACGUCAGCUGUUGAAGCGGUGCGACUCAAGAAACGAAUGCAAAAAUACGGACGUCGAAGCUCCAAAGGCAACAGCGGCUACAUAAAAAAAGGAAGUGUUGACGCGACUGAUGUCACUCCCAUCGCAAUUCGUUGUGUUCCUGUUCAAUGCUUCUGCUGAGCGCAUAUGCACCCCGCGUAAGCUCCUUAAUGACGGUCCACGCCCACUGCAGCGGGCCAAUAAGGAGAAAGCUGAACGCCCGACCCACACACAAACACACUAACACACUUUGGGCCUCUUCACACCUGUGGAAAGCACUCGUGCAGGAUGCUGGCACUCUGACGCUUCCUCGCCACGUCGUCGUCCUCGUCUUGUCGUCUCGCGAUGCUUCCCGGGGACGCGAGCGCCCCCGAGCCUCGCCGCGUGUCGCUGCCGCUAACGCUGUCCCCGCCGAGCCGCCGCCGCUUGCUGCCGCACUUGGCCGUAAGGCGGCAGCGCUCGGCCGCUGCGCCCGAGCGCCGCGUCAACUGCGUCCUGGUGGGGGACGGCGCGGUGGGCAAGACCAGCCUGAUCAUCAGCUACACCACCAACGGCUACCCCGCCGGCUACGUGCCCACCGCCCUCGACAACUUCACAGCUGUGGUGGUGGUGGACGGCGUGCCAAUCCAACUGCAGCUGUGCGACACGGCAGGACAGAAAUGGGGAGCUAGCGAUGGAUCCAUCAAUGAUGAGCUCGAGCGUCUACGACCGCUCUGCUACCGAAGCGCCGACGUCUUCCUGCUGUGCUACAGCGUGGUCCGACCCGCUUCCUUCCUCAAUCUGACCCGACGCUGGGUGCCCGAGAUCCGUCGGCACUGUCCCGGCACGCCUCUCGUCCUGGUGGGCGCCCAGCUGGACCUGCGAGAAGACGUGCAAGUGCUGAUCAGACUGGCCCGGAACCAGGAGCGUCCGGUGGGCUCGGAAGAGGGCCGGCAGCUGGCCCAGCAGCUGGGCGCCGCCGGCUUCGCCGAAUGCUCGGCGCUGACGCAGAAGAACCUCAAGGAGGCCUUCGAUGCGGCCAUCCUGGCGAGCAUCCAACAGACGCGAAAUGGCGGCGAAGACCUGAGCGCCGGUCGGGCGUGGCCACAGAGACUGACCCUCGAGAGGAAGACUCCCGACAAGAUCAAGAAACUCUCUGAGGCUUGGCGCAGGAAGAUCCGAUGUCUGUUGGGGGACCAGAAUUGCGAACAGUUGACUGCGUGAUCAAAUCAAGACGCUGACUGUAGGAAAGAUCCGACAACUUGAGACGGUGUCUGCGUGUCGGCACCGAAGCACGUCUGUCUGUCUAGCUAGCUAAGUAGCUAGCUACCCACCUUGCUCUCUAACGUUAUCUAGCUAGCUAGCUAGCAAGCCAUGUCCCUUUUGUGGCUAGUGCUCCAUCCUAUGAGAAGGCCAGGAUGGUAAACCAUUUGCACAAUUUCUGAUGAUAGCAAUUCUGCAAAUUAGUAUGAAGUACCCGUCUUGGAACAUCUGCUCUGUUUUUUGAACAGGACUCCCUCCUCCUGCUACAUAAUGGAAACCUGCAAAUAAAUGUCCCCUUUCCAUCUAUGAUUUUCUUCAGUCUUCCGACUGGCUGAUUGUUAUCGUACCAAUGGAUGGUUGCUCUGGAAUGCACUUGCGGGUCAUGAGUCAAAAGCAAAAUCUUUCCCUCAACACUCGCAGAGGCACCAAGAAGAGAGAGGCUAACAGGUUGAGGAAGGCCGGUAGGCGACUGACUAAACGUCAUCUGGGCAUAAGGUCAAGAUUCCCCGAGUCUAAUUAGAGGCGACGGGGACCACCUGGGCGGGAUUAUGUCGCCAGAUGGCACCUGAUGGCUUCUCUCGCUCUUGGUCUUGCUUUAUCCCCCCCGCUCGCCUCAGUGGGAACAUGACAGCGCGUGUCACCGGGGGUAUUGUGCGUGGGGUGCUUUGUAGCCACAAAUCUUGUUAAGGAAGGUCGGCGGGAACCGUUGGCACAUCAGAGACAUUGAGCUGCCAGAAGAAUUUGAAAGACAAACCACAUGGUGCCCUGGUGGACCUCCAUUUCCCCAUCGUGUACCUGAACUGAAUGUCCACGUUUUCGGAUUCUGGACCUCGGAGUUGACUUUCAUACCAAUAUUGGACUUCCGUUUUUGAUUUUGGGUCUCCAUAUUGAUUUAGUUACACCACUGUUGGACCACCAUGUCAGCUUUAUGACUUGGCCUAGACUUCCUU